AUGAUAGCACUCAAAGUCACCGUGGAGACUUCAGCUCUGUGGUCAGUCCUCUGUGGUCAGUCCUCUGUGGUCAGUCCUCUGUGGUCAGUCCUCUGCGGUCAGUCCUCUGUGGUCAGUCCUCUGUGGUCAGUCCUCUGCGGUCAGUCCUCUGUGGUCAGUCCUCUGCGGUCAGUCCUCUGUGGUCAGUCCUCUGCGGUCAGUCCUCUGUGGUCAGUCCUCUGCGGUCAGUCCUCUGUGGUCAGUCCUCUGCGGUCAGUCCUCUGUGGUCAGUCCUCUGUGGUCAGUCCUCUGCGGUCAGUCCUCUGUGGUCAGUCCUCUGUGGUCAGUCCUCUGUGGUCAGUCCUCUGCGGUCAGUCCUCUGCGGUCAGUCCUCUGCGGUCAGUCCUCUGUGAUCAGUCCUCUGUGGUCAGUCCUCUGUGGUCAGUCCUCUGCGGUCAGUCCUCUGCGGUCAGUCCUCUGCGGUCAGUCCUCUGUGAUCAGUCCUCUGUGGUCAGUCCUCUGUGGUCAGUCCUCUGUGGUCAGUCCUCUGUGGUCAGUCCUCUGCGGUCAGUCCUCUGCGGUCAGUCCUCUGUGAUCAGUCCUCUGUGGUCAGUCCUCUGCGGUCAGUCCUCUGUGGUCAGUCCUCUGUGGUCUGUCCUCUGUGGUCAGUCCUCUGUGGUCAGUCCUCUGCGGUCAGUCCUCUGCGGUCAGUCCUCUGUGAUCAGUCCUCUGUGGUCAGUCCUCUGUGGUCAGUCCUCUGCGGUCAGUCCUCUGUGGUCAGUCCUCUGCGGUCAGUCCUCUGUGGUCAGUCCUCUGUGGUCAGUCCUCUGUGGUCAGUCCUCUGCGGUCAGUCCUCUGUGGUCAGUCCUCUGUGGUCAGUCCUCUGUGGUCAGUCCUCUGCGGUCAGUCCUCUGCGGUCAGUCCUCUGCGUCCUCUGUGGUCAGUCCUCUGCGGUCAGUCCUCUGUGGUCAGUCCUCUGUGGUCAGUCCUCUGUGGUCAGUCCUCUGCGGUCAGUCCUCUGCGGUCAGUCCUCUGCGGUCAGUCCUCUGUGGUCAGUCCUCUGUGGUCAGUCCUCUGUGGUCAGUCCUCUGUGGUCAGUCCUCUGCGUCCUCUGUGGUCAGUCCUCUGUGGUCAGUCCUCUGCGGUCAGUCCUCUGCGGUCAGUCCUCUGCGGUCAGUCCUCUGUGAUCAGUCCUCUGUGGUCAGUCCUCUGUGGUCAGUCCUCUGUGGUCAGUCCUCUGUGGUCAGUCCUCUGCGGUCAGUCCUCUGCGGUCAGUCCUCUGUGGUCAGUCCUCUGUGGUCAGUCCUCUGCGGUCAGUCCUCUGCGGUCAGUCCUCUGCGGUCAGUCCUCUGUGAUCAGUCCUCUGUGGUCAGUCCUCUGUGGUCAGUCCUCUGUGGUCAGUCCUCUGUGGUCAGUCCUCUGCGGUCAGUCCUCUGCGGUCAGUCCUCUGUGAUCAGUCCUCUGUGGUCAGUCCUCUGCGGUCAGUCCUCUGUGGUCAGUCCUCUGUGGUCUGUCCUCUGUGGUCAGUCCUCUGUGGUCAGUCCUCUGCGGUCAGUCCUCUGCGGUCAGUCCUCUGUGAUCAGUCCUCUGUGGUCAGUCCUCUGUGGUCAGUCCUCUGUGGUCAGUCCUCUGUGGUCAGUCCUCUGUGGUCAGUCCUCUGUGGUCAGUCCUCUGUGGUCAGUCCUCUGCGGUCAGUCCUCUGUGGUCAGUCCUCUGUGGUCAGUCCUCUGUGGUCAGUCCUCUGUGGUCAGUCCUCUGUGGUCAGUCCUCUGUGGUCAGUCCUCUGCGGUCAGUCCUCUGUGGUCAGUCCUCUGUGGUCAGUCCUCUGUGGUCAGUCCUCUGCGGUCAGUCCUCUGUGGUCAGUCCUCUGUGGUGAAAAACAUUGUCUUGAGCGGCCUCAGCACCUCGCCUCAGCACCUCGCCUCAGCACCUCGCCUCAACACCUCGCCUCAGCACCUCGCCUCAGCACCUCGCCUCAACACCUCGCGUCAGCACCUCGCCUCAGCACCUCGCCUCAACACCUCGCCUCAGCAUCUCGCCUCAACACCUCGCCUCAGCACCUCGCCUCAACACCUCGCCUCAACACCUCGCCUCAGCACCUCGCCUCAACACCUCGCCUCAGCACCUCGCCUCAACACCUCGCCUCAACACCUCGCCUCAACACCUCGCCUCAGCACCUCGCCUCAACACCUCGCCUCAGCACCUCGCCUCAACACCUCGCCUCAGCACCUCGCCUCAGCACCUCGCCUCAACACCUCGCCUCAACACCUCGCCUCAGCACCUCGCCUCAACACCUCGCCUCAGCACCUCGCCUCAGCACCUCGCCUCAACACCUCGCCUCAGCACCUCGCCUCAGCACCUCGCCUCAACACCUCGCCUCAGCACCUCGCCUCAGCACCUCGCCUCAGCACCUCGCCUCAACACCUCGCCUCAGCACCUCGCCUCAACACCUCGCCUCAGCACCUCGCCUCAACACCUCGCCUCAGCACCUCGCCUCAGCACCUCGCCUCAACACCUCGCCUCAGCACCUCGCCUCAGCACCUCGCCUCAACACCUCGCCUCAGCACCUCGCCUCAGCACCUCGCCUCAGCACCUCGCCUCAACACCUCGCCUCAGCACCUCGCCUCAACACCUCGCCUCAACACCUCGCCUCAGCACCUCGCCUCAACACCUCGCCUCAGCACCUCGCCUCAGCACCUCGCCUCAACACCUCGCCUCACCACUUCGCCUCAGCACCUCGCCUCAACACCUCGCCUCAGCACCUCGCCUCAGCACCUCGCCUCUCCCCAGAGCCUGCUGCAGAUCGGCGGCUGGAGCGGCAGCAGUCCCACCAACAUCCUCGAGGCGUUUGACUGGAGACUAAUCACCGGUGAACGUGACCAACCAUCAGGAGGGCCCUCGUGCUUACCACGGCGCUGUGUUCCUCGACGGCUCGGUGUACUUUGUGGGGGGUUUUAA